UUAUUUAUUGCGAGUCACGGUUUUUAGCCAAACUCUCUCUACAAUUAUUGUACCCAGUAGAAUUUUGGGAUGUGCGCAAUUCGAUCCUUAUAAAAAAGGGUAUUCUAAUAGCUAGAGUAGAGAUUCCCAUUCAGGAGCCAUGGCCAUAUUUUCAUUAUCAAGCAUGCCUUCAGCAUCAUCAGUUCUGUCGUCAUACACCUCUUUCCAAGCAUCGGCAAUGCUGGUUAACGGAGUGAUCAGCGAAGUCCAGAGCAUGGGUCGCCGCCUCAUACCCAAACAACUCCGAGAGAAAAUCCUAUCCAAAUUUCAAGCAUUCACCGGAAACCUUUCAUCCCAAAUGACUCUAGUUUUUCCCCAAUAUAACAAUGGGCUCUCUAACAAUGAAAUCUUUCAGGCUUCUGAAAUCUACCUCCAGACAAAGAUCGGUCCUUCUGUUAAACGGCUUAAGGUAUCCAAAGAACCAGGUGAAAAGGGGCUCACUAUCAGAGUCAACAAGGGGGAGAAGAUCAUCGAUACAUUCCAAGGUAUCGAGCUCGUUUGGCAGAUGGUAUCUAUUGACAAGAAAAACACAGGCGCUACGGACGGUAGCGUCGAUAUUGAGGAGACUCAGCAAAUAUCAAUUGAGCUUAGCUUUCACGAGACGUACAAGGACAAGGUACUGAGCUCUUACUUGCCCCUCGUAUUACGGCGAUCAAAGGACCUGGAAGAAGAAAACAAGGUAGUGAAGCUCCACUCACCAUCGGGGUCAUGGAAUCUAGACCAUCCAUCCACUUUUCAAACGCUGGCUAUGGAUCCAGCACUGAAGGAGGAGCUGAUGGCGGACUUGGACAGGUUCGUGAGGAGAAGACAGUUCUACCAGCAGGUUGGCAAGGUAUGGAAGCGCGGGUACCUGUUGUAUGGGCCGCCCGGCACAGGCAAAUCUAGCUUGAUUGCAGCCAUGGCCAAUUACUUGAAAUUCCACGUCUACGACUUGGAGCUCACAAGUCUCCGUCAUAAUUCAGAUCUCAGAAGGGCUCUGCUCCGUACCACAAGCCGAUCAAUUAUUGUGAUAGAGGACAUUGACUGCAGCGCCGACUUCGAGAGCCGACGUAACAAAAACACAGCACCGGGACAGCUUGACAGCCAGUUGACAUUGUCGGGGCUCCUGAAUUUUGCUGAUGGGAUCUGGUCGAAUUGUGGCGAUGGGAGGAUAAUCGUAUUCACGACAAAUCACAAAGACAGAUUAGACCCAGCAUUGCUGAGACCGGGCCGAAUGGACUUGCACAUCCACAUGUCCUACUGCACUGCUGACGGGUUCAGGUUGCUUGCUUCCAACUAUCUCCACAUAACCAGUCACUUUAUGUUCAUUGAGAUCGAGAAUCUUAUAACAGAAGUGGAGGCAACCCCAGCAGAAAUAGCAGAAGAGCUUAUGAAAAGUGAAGAGCCAGAUAUAGCUCUUGCCGGACUGAUCAAGUUCCUGCAAGACAAGAAAGCACAGCGCAUCAAAGCCAAUAUUGAAGGAGACAAAGAAACUGCAACGGGUGAUAAAAAGCCAAAACAAAGAGCGAAAGCAAAAUUGGGAAGAAAAAAGACCCUGAGAAAAAGAAAGAGCUCACAGUAGAGCACGUGCAAAAGCUGAUAUCUCUACGAUAAAUUACGCGUUAUCACAUGAACGCGGCAAUAGGGCUGACACCCAGCAGCUUUUCUUAUCUCACGAUUGGUAUUUGGCUUACCCCUUUUUUUUAUUAUAAUUUUUAAGCUAUUUGAUUUUUAAAUUAUAUAAAAUUUAAAAAUUGAAUAACUUUUAAGUUGAUAAUAUAUUUGAUUAAAUAUAAUUUUAAAUUAUCAAUUAAUAAUUAUGUGUUUGAUUUAAAAAAGUUGAUAAGUUAUCAAAACUUGACAAAAAAAUCAAAAUAGAUAUAAUGUUGAAUGAUGUAAAAUUUUACUAUUAAAUGUCGAUAAAUUAUAUAUGAUUAUUAAAAAUAUAUUAAUACAAUAUUAUUAUAUGUAUUAUAUAUAACAAUAAUAUAUAUUAUUAUGUGUUGUAUAUAUACAUAUACACAAACAAUGGUAACGGGGAGAAAAAACACAGACGGAGGAGAUGAGGGUGGGGACGGCGACAGGCAGCGGUCGAUGGGGCGACGGAGGAGAAGUUGAAGCAAAUGGGGGCAAUGGUCAAUAGGAAGUGAUCGGUGGGGGUGAUGGCGAUAGCCGACGGUGGUGGUUGAAAGAGUUGAGGCGACAGGUGGCAGGGGACAGAGGUUGAAGAAGAAAGACAUCGCUGGGAAUUAGCAAAAAGGAUGAGGGUAAAAUAGCAAAAAUGAUUGGUUAACGCAACUUAUAAAUUAGCAGCGUUUCUCAAAAGCUCCCCCCACCAGCUUUUGCAAAAUGCUGUGGUAGUACGUAGUGUUUAAGCUACCUAGCUUAAACGCUGGUGAUGUGCACCCAAACACCUCACCAACUUUUUCUUAAUAGUUUAUAAGUUGUAACAACUUUUAAGCGGUCAAACCGGUAAGCCAAACACCUCCUAUAUUAUAAACAAUUUACUCUUUAUUAUGAUUUUAUCUCAAAAAUUGUGUCUGCUCUAACAAUAUUCCCUAUUCUCUUCUCUAUUUGACUUUAUUAAUAUAUGAUUCAAAAUAAUUGAUAUAUGUUAAUAGUUAAUUUGGGUUUCAUUUCAUGUGCAUUUCACGUGGCCGUAAUUUCAUUUGCAUGUGGAUUUGUUAUUUGGGUUGUGUAUAAUUAAGUUGGGUUGGGUCGUUGGUGUUUGCAGCCCAACAAGCCCAAGCCCAAGCUUAUUGUGUCAAACCCAUUAUUUAUCCCAUUCAUGUCCUUGGCCCGCAUAUAUAUAUAUAUAUAUAUAUGGAUAAGAUUGGGGGGAAAUCAAAGUGGGUAUGACUCUUCUCUUGCACCUUUUACACAUACACGAGAAACCUUAAUCACGCAUAUCACAGAGAGAGAGCAGAACCAAGAAGAAGCAAGAUCGGAAGAAGAACGACGAACAGAAAGGUAGGAAACACAAGGAAUCUUCGGUUUAAUCUCUGUAAGUAUAUCACCUGUUUACUUGGUUUGGUGGGUGAGAGAUUGGUGAGAUUGAGAGUUUUGGGUUGCUUGGUUAUUGAGAUUUGUACUCUGUUUGUUUGAUGCAUUUGUAUCGCUUAAGCUUUUUGAUUAGUGUAUUGUUCUUGAGUGUUGUAAGAUCUUGUGAGAGUUCUUGUUUCUGUCGUAUUGUUUAUCUCUAUAAAUCCUAUGUAAAUAUGUAUGCACAUAUUUUAGUAGAUUGACUAGGGUGA